AUGGCCAGUGUACCGUGGCAGCAAAAGGCGCAAGCCGUUCGCGACUAUCGCGAUGCGACUCUUGCCAAAGUCGAACCGCCGUUGCCAGAGAUCCCCGAGCCACUGCCAUUGAACUCCCAGGGCCUCCCGAAGCAAUUUCUCUCGGAACGGGAGUAUGAGCUGACCCAAAACUAUGAUGCUAUCGCGCUCCUGGAGAUGCUGCGCACCAAAAAAGUUACGUCGGAGGAGCUAACAAGAGCUUUUCUCAGGAGAGCUGCGCUGGCCCAGAAAGCAGUGAACUGUGUGACGGAACUCAUGUGGGAUGAAGCAAUCACCCGAGCAAAGUAUCUAGAUUCGCUCCAAGAGCCAAUUGGACCCCUCCACGGCCUCCCGAUCUCAAUGAAAGAGCAUCACGGUAUGAAGGGCAAAACGGUCCACGCCAACUACAUCGCUUGGAUCGGCGAUGAAUCCUCAGACAACCUCCUUAACAACACCCUUUAUGAUGCUGGCUGCGUCUUCUACGUUCGCACCACGGGACCACAGGCGUUGAUGCAUCUCGAAUGCGAGAAUAACAUCUACGGCCGCACUGUGAACCCCCAUAACCGCAACCUUACCUCUGGAGGUAGUAGCGGAGGCGAAGGCGCGCUGGUAGCCUUUGGAGGCAGUGUUUUGGGUGUUGGAGGGGACAUUGGCGGUAGCGUCCGCAAUCCAGCUGGCAACAACGGCGUAUAUGGCUUCAAACCUACCUGCAACCGGCUUCCAGUAAGCGGAAUCAAGCUGCCAAAAGGAUGCAAAGACGCGAUUGCCGCGACCUUUGGUCCGCUUUGCCGCACACGAGAAUCCAUGACCUUGUUCAUGAAGGUUAUCACUGAUGCCGAGCUAUGGCGUUUUGACGCUUCGCUCUGCCCAAAGCCUUGGACGCCUGUGACGUUCGAUAAACCACUGAAGAUUGGGAUCAUCUGGGACGACGGAGUAGUAAAACCACAUCCACCAGUCCUUCGCGCAUUGAGGGAGGUGGUUGAAGCAUGCAAGAAAGGAGGCAUUGAAGUCGUCGAUUGGGUGCCUUAUGACCAUCGAAAGGCUUGGGAUAUCAUCACUGAGCUGUACUGGCCCGAUGGAGGAAAGGAGGUUCGCGGUCUUUUCGAAUCCAGCGGUGAACCAAUACUGCCCCUGACCAAAUUUAUUCUCGAACAACCAACGGUCAAGGACCACACUAUCGCUGAAUACGCCCAGCUAGCCGUUGAUCGUGACGAGUAUCGCAACGCCUACGCCAGGCACUGGUCCGCCACGGCAAAUUCGCCUACUGGGGAGGUCGAUUUGCUCCUCUGUCCGGUGACUCCAGGCGUCGCGCCUCCUCACGAAUGCGCGAGAUACUGGUGCUAUACCUCUCAAUGGAACUUGCUGGACUACCCAGCUGCCUCUUUCCCAGUCACCACUGUUGACGUCGAAAAGGAUGUCCGAGAAGAAGGAUACAUCCCGCGCAACGAGCAUGACCGGUUCAACCAUGAUCUGUACACGGGCCCGGAGAGAUUCCAAGGAGCGCCUGUGAGCCUGCAGGUUGUCGGGCGGAGAUACCAGGACGAGAAGGUCAUGGCUGGUUUGGCCGCGAUUGAGAAGGCGAUGGGGAGAGAAUGA